AAUUCAAAUUCAAAUUUCUAUGAUAUUAUAAAACUGAAACUGAGCCAAUCAGAAGUCGCAAUGUCGAAUGUCUCAUACCUUUUCGGUGCUAGGUUACUGUGUUAACCUGCAAUUUACUGCAGCAGGCAGUACAGCAAGAAUAUAGCGUAAGGCAAAAGAUAUUACAAAAUAAAAUGAAUGUCUUCAAAACAACAUCAACACAAGCGUGUCGCUUGUUGCACUGGUUACCACAGCGUAGCUUAACAUACAAGAGCGCCUUAUCACUCGACCAUUUAUAUCCACAAAGCUCGCUGAAGUUAACUACACAGACUAAGCCUGACCGCUCCGCAUCUGAUAAAUUCUCGGGGUACAUACCAAUGGACCAGGUCUCUGUCACAUACUCGAGGAGCGCCGGUCCUGGGGGACAAAAUGUUAAUAAAGUCAAUACCAAAGUAGAUCUUCGCUUUAAUGUACAAUCAGCUUCAUGGAUUCAUGAUGACAUUAAGAGUAAAUUACUAGAGAAGUAUAAAUCACGUUUAACCAAGGAUGGUUUCCUGGUAUUCAAAUCAGAUUCAACUAGAUCACAGCAACUCAACCUGGCAGACUGUUUAAACAAAGUAAGAGAAUGUAUAUUAGCGGCUAGCUAUGAAGCACCGCCCGUAUCCGAGGAGACGCUGGAGAAAAUUCGAAAACGCCACGAACGCGCAGCCAGGGAACGCCUGAUGGAAAAGCGGCAUAAAUCACAGUUGAAAUCAGAUAGAAGAAGUCCAAAUGUUGAACUAUAAGGUAGGAGUUGUUCAAUUCGCUCUGGAAAUAAACUUAAGUUAGUAAGAUGACUGAUUUAUUCACA